GCCCAUCUAAUACAAUCAAGUACUGUAGCUAUACAUAUACCUAGUAUAUUUAUAUUCAAACUAAACAAAUAAUCGUUUUCCAGUGUUAUGAACAUGUUGGAACGAAAACAACUUUGUUAUAUAUCCAACCGAGUAUUUUCGGUGGCGGGAACCCAAUUCAAACGUUUAUAAUGUCCCCUCAAGAGCUCAAGGUAUUUUAAACUUGUAAGAUGUGUUGCUUACUGCUGCUCAGCUAUCUUCUUUAAAGUGCCUUAAUUUUUUGAAGGGGUGAUAGUUUUGUAGAUCGUAACCCUGCCCCCACCAUAGCAAGGCAGGCCAGCCAUACGCUACAUUUCGUUCGCUGUGCUUAUUGCUUAUGUAUUUGUGCAGCAAAGUCAAUCUUUUAGCCAAAGCUGCAUUACAGAUGGCCUUCAGGGGCGCAGUCAACCUAACGCCCGGGCGGGAAGGAUGUAUCUUAAAUCUGCUAAUCCCUCGUUUUAAAAAGUCGGCAAAUACGAUCCGUCCACCAGCACAUCGAACAGGUCUAUUAAGUGGCUUUCAUCAGCGCCCUCGUGAUGAAAGCCAAAGCCUCGUUAGAACUCUGCACACCGGUGUGCCGCUGUAUGUGACUAAAUUAUUAACAGUUGAAGACAUCUUCGCCAUGGACUCCUUGAAGAACUAUUUAAAGAAGAUUGAUGGGGAGUACAGUGAAUGUUUGCAAACAAUCAACAGAAUCCUGCAAGAGGGGCAGCAGGACUGCGAGGAGGAUCUGAGGGCAAAGAGGACUAAACUGUCCCUGUCGGCACCGCUCAUCCAGAGCAUCAGAGCGUUGGAAACCAAACAAAAGGAGGUGGCGGAAACAGAGUCACUCUUAAAAGAUGAAGACCCAGACAUGCGGGAACUGGCUGACUUGGAGAAGGAAGGUUUCCAAAAAGAUAUCCACAAUCUGAGGCAAAAGAUCCUGGAACUGCUGAUCCCAGAGGAGGAGGUGGACUUGAGUGAUCUUGUUCUAGAGGUCACAGCAGGGGUUGGAGGUCAAGAGGCCAUGUUGUUCACAGCUGAGGUGUUUGACAUGUACCAGGGUUUUGCUCAGCACCAUGGCUGGGCCUUCGAUAUCCUAGAAUACAUGACUAGUGAUAUUGGAGGACUGCGGCAUGCAUCCGCCAGCAUCAGUGGCCCCCAGAGCUACAAGAGGAUGAAGUAUGAAGCGGGGGUCCACCGUGUUCAGAGGAUCCCCAAGACUGAGAAACAGGGACGCACGCACACCAGCACCAUGACAGUAGCUGUGCUGCCCCAGCCAACAGAGAUCUCUUUCACAAUCAACCCUAAGGACCUGAGGAUAGAAACUAAAAGGGCUAGUGGGGCUGGGGGCCAGCAUGUCAACACCACAGACAGCGCAGUGAGGAUAGUUCAUCUGCCGACAGGUGUGGUCUCGGAGUGCCAGCAGGAGCGGUCCCAGAUUAAAAAUAAGGAGAAGGCCAUGAAGAUUCUAAGGGCGAAAAUCUACAGCAUGAAACUGGAGGAGGAGACCAACAAACGUUACAAUGCACGCAAAAUACAGGUUGGCACCAAAGGCAGAUCAGAAAAGAUUCGGACCUACAACUACGCUCAGGACCGAAUAACAGACCAUCGGAUCACAAUGACAGUGCACGAUGUCAGGAGUUUCCUGACAGGAGAGGAUCUCCUGGAGGAGAUGAACUCCUCCCUGCAGGAGUUCUCUAACCAGGAGAUCCUCAUGGAUAUCCUUGGAGAAAAUGAUCAAGAUUAAUCCUGACUUCACUUUUUGUUGACCCGGUAAACAUUAUAGAUGUACGCAUGGAACGCAGUUGUCUCGGGAUAUUUUCUUUAUUUAAAUCCUAAGUGAUAUUCUACAUAAAAAUUGGUUUAGAAGGACUGAAAGAAUCUUGAUGUUGUUCCAUUGUCAAAUAAAA